AUGGCCGGCGGACAGGCGCCCAAGACAGCUAGGGCGGCACGCGGCUUUGGUGCUGAGGCAGCAUCGACAGCGCAGCGUGCUCCGGUGGAUGUGUACCCCUUACAUGGCGCCUUAGAUGCUGAGGUGCAGGACAGGGCCAUCCUGCCUGCGCCAGGGAGGCGUCGUGUGAUCCUGGCCACCAAUGUGGCGGAGGCAUCCAUCACGGUUCAAGGUGUGACAUCUGUGGUGGACAGUGGUUUGCGGAAGAGGUCGGUCUUUGAUCCUGCCGCUGGCUUCAAUCGAUUGGAGCUGGUUCCCAUCUCGAGGGCCUCAGCAGAGCAACGCAAGGGUCGAGCAGGACGAUUGCGAAAUGGCCUAUGCUUGCGCCUGUGGGCACCGGAUCAACAGCUGCAGCCGGAGGAUGUC